GAGGGAUAUGGGCCAGGAGCAGACAGGUGGGACUAGUUUAGUUUGGGAUUAUGGUCAGCAUGGACUGGUUGGGCCGAAGGGUCUGUUUCCGAGCUGUGUGGCCUUACCAGUGCCCUGCACAGUUGUAGCACCUGUACUCGGUUCACUGCCCCAGUGAAGGCAAGCGUGCCAAGCGCCAUUUUCGCCACCCUGUCUGCCCGUGACACUACUUCUGCCUGUUUCUGUUUCAGCGAAAUGGAUUCGACUGGGAGCAGGGCUUCUCGAGAGUCCGGGGAGGGGCUCAGCAGCGAGGACGAUGGGGACUGCGACGUCUUCCUUUCCGACAGCGACUCCGACCGAGCCCUGUGCCCGGCUGCGCCCGCGGGGCUCCCUCUGCGAGGCCGGCCCGCCAGUGGGGUGCCCUCGCCGGCGCCUCAAGCCUUCAUCCCUCACCCCAUGUCGGCCUCCCACCUCAAGAAGCCGCUGGAGAAUAUCUACUUUGCCUCGGCCCCCGCCAGACCGUGCCCGCCACCGCCACCAGGUGGCGCCAGUCGGGGGGGAGCCUGGAAACUCUCCCUCGAUGGCGGGCACCAUCUCGGUCAGUACCCCGAGAGGUUCCGAAGCAGGGGGAGCCUGAAACGGAGAAGGGAGUGGGAUGCAUCCGAGCAGCAGGGGACCGUCUGGAGCGAAAAGGCACCUUGCGCCAAGACGAAAGGGGACCUACUUUUUGCACAGAAGUGUAAGGAGCUGCAGGCGUUUAUCCGGCCACUCACUAUCCUCCUCGAUGGGCUAAAGACCGGACGGUACAAUAAAGGUCUGACCAGUUUCCAGCAGAGUGUUGCUAUGGACCGGAUCCAAAGGAUCGUAGGAGUUCUGCAGAAGCCAGGGAUGGGGGAACGUUACUUAGGGACGCUGCUUCAAGUGGAAAUGAUGCUGAAGGUUUGGUUCCCUCACGUCACCACGGCGACGCCAGGCGCUGAAGGCUCCGGGCCUACAGGAAGUGAAUGCAACACAAGAAAGCACAUACGGACCGGGUCUUCGGAGACCAGUUCCUCGUGGGAAUCGCUGUCCCCUUCAUCGUUCCGAAGACCAUCCUUCAGCGACGGUGCCCCCCAGGAGUCAGCAGACCGCACCCCUCCCUCCAGGAGCUGGGAGGAGAGGUCAGAGCUCAGGGGAGGCUCGUGGGAAAGGGUGGCUUGGCGUGACGGCCCACUGGAGCAUCCCCCGACCCUGCGGUGCCUCGCUUUGGUCAUGCAGGACGGCUCGGACCUCUCCUCCUCCACAACUACUACUACUACCGCCCACCCCGAAGCCGUCUGGCCAGUCCAAGGGGCCUGGGCUUCCAUCGUCAAGAGUUCGGCUUGCCAGAGGCAUCCAGGCAGGAGCAGCAGUGCCCCACCUUGCAUUCCCGCUGCCCGCAGCUCCACCACAUCCUGGCCACUCGUCCUGUCAUGCGGUUCCGUCGUGCUGUUGGAUCUGCCAGUGGAUUAUGGGAGACAGAGCCAGAAGUAGGCCCAAACUCAGCCAGCUCGGGCCUCCUCCCACGGAUUUCAUUUUUUUUUUUGGAGAGGAAGGGGAAUACCUGAAAGACUUGCGUUUUUAUAGUACCUUUAGUCACCUCAGGAUCUCCCAGUCAAUGAAGUUUGUGUAAUCACUGUAGGAAAAGGGACUGAUUGACACACAGCAAACUCCCACGUAACAAUGGAGAAUUGACUUGGUGUUGGUUGAAGCAUUAAUAUCGGACACUGGGGAAGGAGAACUCCUCCCACAUACAGGUCUUCCUCAAAAAGUGGCAGCAGGAUUUUUUUUUUAUGGCCACAUGAGAGGAUGGAUGGAGACUUAGUUUAUUGGCGCUCCCUCAGCGCCGACCCUCCGACGGUGCGGCGCUCCCUCGGCGCUGACCCUCCGAUGGUGCGGCGCUCCCUUGGCGCCGACCCUCCAAAGUGCGGCGCUCCCUCGGCGCUGUCCCUCCGAUGGGGCGCCGUCCCUCCGAUGGUGCGGCGUUCCCUCGGUGCCGACCCUCCGACAGUGCGGCGCUCCUUCGGUGCCGACUCUCUGGUGCCUGCUCCUUUGGCACUGACCCUCCGGUGCCCGCUCCCUCGGCGCUGACCCUCCGACAGUGCGGAGACACAGAGACAACUGCCUCAAGUGUCCUUAAACUCAUCUGGCAUCGGCUUGUCAAGCCCGGAACAGGGCACACUGUUUUUCCUGAUGCGAGCCAAAAACUGGGUACGGCUUGGAGGUUUGGGAAUAAUUUCUGAGGCGAAAAACUCUUUGUGGGUUUGAUGGAACGUUCCAGCAAUCAACAGGAUGUGGUUUUGGGCGACCAACUUUCUUUCUCAUGGUUCGCAUCCUGCCUUCAUCUGCCAAACUACUUGACAAUACCUUUGCGUCAUUUUGAAAGGUGUUUGCGAUGGUUUAACUGAAUAAUUGCGUGGUUCUGUUUUUAGUUGUAAGGAGACCCUCUGGUGAAGGGGUAAAUCCCCAUGAGACCCUGGAGUAGAAGAUUACGGGGAAAAUGGAAACUGUCAGCCAAAAUUGUGUGUCAAAAUAAAAAGCGGAAUAGUUUCUUAACUUCACAUAAGAAACUGGAGUGGGCCAUUCGAGCCUGUUGUCCCUCAAUCAGAUCUGAUCCUGGUCUUGAUUCUUUCUCUGCACUCUUGCCUCCUGCAUCAAUCGGAAAUCUGUCUUAACUCGAGCUGAGAACAUAUAUUCAGUGACCCAGCCCCUGCCACUCUCCGUGGGUGAGAAUUCCACGACCCUCUGAGAGAAGCAAUUCCUCUUCAUCUCCAAUGUGAGACCCCUCGUUUUGAAACUACGUCCCAGCCACAGUUCUAAACAUUCACCUUGUUAAGAUAUGCCUGGGGAGCUUUUCUGUUUUAAUAAGGUCACUUUUUGCACUUGCAAAACUCCAAUGGGUACAUUCCUCAUUGGAGAGAUCCCCCCUUCUUCCCAGGAAACAGUCUCUGAACUGAAGGAUCCUUCCUUAAAGAGUCAGAGUUGUACAGCACAGAAGCAGACCCUUCGGUCCAACUCGUCCAUGCCCACCAGAUAUCCUAAAUUAAUCUAGUGCCAUUUGGCCCAUA